GAGUUGCAAAUAGUGGAAGUUGAAAACGAUUGUUUUAAGGAAAAAUGGUCCCCUAAGGAAGAAAAAGGUAAAAACAAAGAAAUUAGAAAAGCCUGAGAAGAAAGUAAUAAUAAGAUGUCUGGAAUAAAAAGAGUAGAUAUGAAGGAAGAGGGGGCAUGCCUGUUCUUGUCUCCUCCUCCUUCUUCUCCCUUCUCCUGUCUUUUCAUUUUGUUCUUUCUGUUCGCCAUUUGGUCUUCCACAACCGGACCCACCAACUUCUUGUUCAGGAAUCUUGAAAAUUUCUUAUAAAGAAUCUCAACUUCAUCGAGCCAAAGGAAGAAAGAAACAUAGCAAAUCAAGAAGAGAGAGAGAGAGAGAUGACAAUGGAGAUGAAGAGAGACCUUAGAGUGGAGGAAGAGAACAUGUGUACAUCGUUGUUGACUGCUUUUGUCGUUCUCUCAAUGGCUUGUCUAAAACAUUUCUACUCGGUAUCUUAUUUGAUUGAGCAAUGGCGUUCGUUAGUCUUUCUUCUACUCAACGUCGUUCUCUUGGCAGUUUACUUCACAUCGACUCGUCCUAUUUCCUGUGAGACUCGUGAUUUGAAGACUCGUCGUGGAAGUAGAAUGAGGAUGGUGCGACGUAAGACUAGGAAGACAAGAAUGGUGGAGGAACCAGCUUGUUCUGGACAAGAUUUUCUUGUUGUCGAGCCAAUGGAAGUGAUCAAGAACUGUGUCGUGGAGGAGACGAAAAGGGUUUGUCCUGAAUUCGAGGAAACUGUGAAAGGUUGCGUGCUUAACAAGAAGGGUGUAGACUCUAAUGUUGAAGAAGAUGAUUUUGAGCCAGGGAGGUUAUCUAAUGAGGAGCUUAACGAGAGAGUAGAGGCGUUCAUCACUACGUUCAGACAACAUUUGGUGCUUGAUGCGCGAAGAGGUAGAUACAGAGAAACUGAUCAGAAGAUGAGAUCAAAAGACUCUGACAUUAGCUUUUUAGGUCGGGAGGUCACUUGUUCAGUUUAGAGUUUCUAUGCAACUUUUUUUUUUAGUUUUUUCUUAAGAUUCGUUUGGUUUUGUUGGGUUGGAGCUAAAUAGCUCAUAAGAGCGCAUCUUUUUUUUUACUGAUGUAAUGUCAAAAGAACACAUGCUAUAAAUCAAAAUCUCUACAAAAUGGACA